AUGGGCAAGGGCAAGCCGAGAGGACUCAACGCCGCGCGCAAGCUGCGCAACCACCGUCGUGAGGGUCGUUGGGCCGAUCUUCACUACAAGAAGCGCCUUCUCGGUACCGCCUACAAGUCGUCGCCGUUCGGUGGCUCCUCUCACGCCAAGGGCAUCGUUCUUGAGAAGGUCGGUGUUGAGGCCAAGCAGCCCAACUCCGCCAUUCGCAAGUGCGUUCGUGUCCAGCUCAUCAAGAACGGCAAGAAGGUCACCGCUUUCGUCCCCAACGACGGUUGCUUGAACUUCGUCGACGAGAACGACGAGGUCCUCCUUGCUGGUUUCGGUCGUAAGGGCAAGGCCAAGGGUGAUAUUCCCGGUGUCCGUUUCAAGGUCGUCAAGGUUUCCGGUGUCGGUCUUUCCGCUCUGUGGAAGGAGAAGAAGGAGAAGCCCAGGUCAUAA